CCUCGCUGGGCAAGGCUACGGUAAUAUUUUUACAGCUCCUCUCCCUGUAACAAUCUUUAUCUCCAACAAAAACAACAACAUAAACGGGAGUUUUCUCCGCCAAAUUGCAACGUUUCGGAAAGAAAUAAAAGGAAAACAUGGAAAGCAAGCCACAGAAAAUGCCCAAAGUGGCCAAGGUGAAGGACAAGUCUCCUGCUGAGCUUCAAAUAACAGCAGAACAACUCUUAAGAGAAGCCAAGGAAAGAGAGCUUGAAAUUGUGCCUCCACCACCACGUCAGAAAAUAUCUGAUCCAGAAGAACUUCAAGAAUAUCGCUUGAAGAAGAGACGUGCCUUUGAAGAUAACAUCCGCAAAAAUCGAGGAAAUAUUUCCAAUUGGAUUAAAUAUGCAAAGUGGGAAGAGGAACAGCAAGAAAUUCGUAGAGCCAGGUCUGUAUAUGAGAGAGCUCUGGAUGUUGAACACAGAAAUAUUACAUUAUGGCUCAAAUAUGCUGAAAUGGAGAUGAGGAGCCGACAGGUGAACCAUGCUCGCAAUGUGUGGGACAGAGCUGUCACCAUCUUACCACGGGCAAACCAAUUCUGGUACAAGUUCACUUAUAUGGAGGAAAUGCUCAAGAAUAUAGCUGGCUGCAGACAGGUUUUUGAGCGUUGGAUGGAAUGGGAACCUGAUGAACAGGCCUGGCUCACUUAUAUCAAAUUUGAGCUUCGUUAUAAGGAAUUGGAUAGAGCUAGAGCAAUCUAUGAACGUUUUGUUUAUGUCCAUCCUGAACCAAAAUAUUGGAUUAAAUAUGCACAUUUUGAAGAGAACCACAGCUACAUUCAGAGUGCUCGACGUGUCUAUGAACGUGCUAUACAGUUCUUUGGAGAUGAUCACUUGGAUGAGAGCUUAUUUAUUGCCUUUGCUAAAUUUGAGGAAGGUCAAAAGGAGCACGAUCGAGCCAGAGUUAUUUACCGGUAUGCUCUUGAUCAUAUGCCAAAAGAAAAGUGCUCAACUCUCUACAAUGAGUAUACCCGGCAUGAAAAAAAAUAUGGAGAUAAGUCAUCAAUUGACGAUGUCAUCACCAGCAAGAGAAAAUUUCAAUAUGAAGAAGCAGUGAAGACAAAUCCUCAUGAUUAUGACACAUGGUUUGACUAUGUUCGGAUGUUGGAGGCAGAUGGCAAUGUGGAUCUUAUUCGAGAGACAUAUGAGAGAGCAAUUGCCUGUGUUCCACCCUUAAAGGAGAAAAGACACUGGCGACGCUACAUCUACCUGUGGAUUUAUUAUGCAGUAUUUGAAGAGCUCAGUACCAAGGAUGUGGAGAGAGCACGACAAGUGUAUCAGAUGUGCCUUCGUCUAAUUCCACACAAGAUUUUUACCUUUGCUGAGAUUUGGUUACUCUAUGCUAAAUUUGAGAUCCGUCAGAAAGACCUCACGGCAGCAAGAAAAACAUUGGGACAAGCUAUUGGAAUGUGCCCAAAGCACAAACUUUUUCGUGGAUACAUUGACCUCGAAAUCAAAUUGCGAGAAUUUGACCGCUGCCGUAAACUUUAUGAAAAGUGGGCUGAAUUUGACCCAGAAAAUUGCAAAAUGUGGAUUCAGUUUGCAACUUUAGAGGCAAUGUUGAAUGAUGUUGAUCGAGCAAGAGGUAUUUAUGAACUUUCAAUUGCACAACCACGACUUGAUAUGCCAGAAUACAUGUGGAAGUCAUAUAUAGACUUUGAGGUUGAACAGGAAGAAUGGGACCAUGUUAGAAGACUUUAUGAACGACUUCUGGAGCGCACUCAUCAUGUGAAGGUUUGGAUUAGCUACGCCAAAUGUGAGCACUCAAUACCCUCAGAGGAUAAUGUUGUUCAUGCCCGGGCAGUAUUCCAACGAGCAAAUCGUGCUCUUCGGUCGUGCCAAGAGAAGGAGCAGCGGUUGAUGCUUCUUGAAGCUUGGAAAGACUUUGAAGAUGAAUUUGGUGAUAAAGAAAGUGAAGACAAGGUGAAGAACCUGAUGCCUAGGAAAGUUACACGUCGUCGACAGGUUACUACAGACGACCGCUCACAGACUCGCUGGGAAGAAUAUAUUGAUUACAUAUUCCCAGAUGAUGAGGCAGCCAAACCAUCACUGCUCUUGCUUGCAAAAGCUAAAGAAUGGGUUAAGAAGCAACAAGAGCAGAAGCAAGAGUCAGAAGAGGUAAGUGGUAAGGCAGGAAAGCCAGGGUAUGAAGAAACAACACCAGAGGUUGACCCUGAUGUAGAUCGUGAUGACAGUGAAGUUGACGUUGGUUCAUCAAGUAGUGAAUCAUCCAGUGAAAGUGAUCAAGAAGAGGUGACAAAGUCAAGAAAAGAUGGGAAAAGAAAACCUGCAGAAAAAUGCAGUGAAGAUAAGAGAAUAAAAGUGAGUGGUAAGAGCAGGAAUACAGAUAGUUCAAGUUCUAGUGAUGAGGAAAAUGAAGGAUUAAAAAAUAGAGCGAGCAAAAGACACUAUUCUGACUCAAGUGAUGGAGAGAAGGAAGCAAGAAAGAAAAGGGAAGGUAAAAGAAGAUCCUCAACAAGCUCUUCAAGUUCAUCUGAUAGUGAAGGUGAAAAAAGAAGAUUCCCCCCAAAAAGAUAGAAGAGGUCUUUUAGCAGUGAUAACUUGGAAUAAACAAGGCAGUAAGCAUAAUAGAAAGAAACCACUUCAGAUGAAGAGUAAAGAUUGUGGUCUGUAAGUAAAGAUGCAAGUGCAAACCCAGCCUGCAGUGCAAGAAAACUUCAAUUUUUUUUAAUUAACUUUGUUUAUAUUUCAAUUAUGAUAUUGGAUACCAAUCACUUUGUCAUACACUGUAAAUAAAGAAAACUGAGAGCUGUAAUAUUUGACUCAAUCGUAAUGACGUGAUUGCAAACAAACCAUACCACGGGCGGGGAUUGAACUCGUGGUGAGUGAGUCGUAAAACUCCAGGCCAGUGCAUAACGUGCUGGCCUGGAGCUUUACGGCUCGCUCACCAUGUGUUAUAUCCUCACCUGUAGUAUGCUUUAACUGUAAUAUUUUCAGGAAGAAUGCUCAAAAUUUUGAAACAUAAUUAUUACAGUACCUUGUUUUCUACUUUGACUGAGCAAGGAAAUGCUUGACCAGAGACCAUAGAAAAAUAGGGCAUACAGUAAUAGUAGAUGAAUGAUGUGGCAAAAAGCAAAAGCUAGUUCAGUAUCACUUCACAUGAGCACAAUAUGAACCGUGUGUAUAUUGUUGUUGGAUGGAAAGGAGGGGUGGAGGGUUGUCUCAGGAGGGGGUUAAAGAGGGGAUAAAGGAGAAGCAGUUUUAUGGCUUGAAGUGCUGUGGGAGUAUAAACAAGAGUCACCCUUUCUCAGUGGUAUGUGGCUGGUGUGUUAAAAAGCACUUAGAUGAAUUUUAAACUGAUCUUUUUUAGGUUGUAAAUUUUUGUUGCGUUAUAUUACAUUUUUUUGUUUUACACGUCAGCCAUCUCCCACCGAGGCAAGGUGACCCAAAAAAGAAACACUUUCACCAUCCUUCACACAUAAUCACUGUCUUUGCAGAGACAAUCAGAUAUGACAGUUUAGAUGUCACUCCAAACAGUCAAUAUCCCUAACCCCUCCUUUAACGUUUAGGCAUUGUACUUCCCACCUCCAGGACUCAGUUCUUGCUACUUACAUUUAUACCUGGAGUAUACCUGGAGAGAGAUAUAGGGUAUACAGCUUCAAUAUUUGUAAAUAACAAUGGGUUAAAAGUUAUUACUGUAUUAAUAAUUGUUGAUGGUGUAAAGCGUAUCUGUAGAGUGACUUUAAGUAAAAAUUCAGAUUU